AUGGAAAUUUAUCAAAAAUUAAUGCUAAUUUUUGAGGGUGAUAAAAUGGAAAUUCAAAUUAAUCCCGAAUUGCAACCAGAUGAAAAAAUUCACAUAUUGAUUACCUAUGAUGAAACCACAUUUCAUUCUAAUGAUGGGAGAAAUUCUGAAUGGGCUCCUAAUUAUGAAUAG